AUGGUAUCCAAUGUCUACUGUCCGUUUUGUGGGGUGAUUCUGCUGCCCGACCCAUACUGGGAUGGUCCGGAUACUCCACAGUCCAGCGAACCUACUGGAGUAGGGGUAGUACGCGGUCGGAAAACCCUCCAUGCACCACUGGACAGCAAUCGAGUCUACGGCGAUUCGUGCUGGAAAUUGCUCAUUCUGAGGCUCAACCAUGGGCGAGUCGGAUCGCUAUCACAGACUGACGCCGCAAUUGCCGAAAUGGUAUUCUACCAACUCUACUGCACCCCAUGCCUCGAAGCCUCCAUCUUCCACUUCGGCCAUGACUAUGCGGGCGCUGCGCAAACACAUAAAGUGUUCGGGCGGAUACAGCCGGUGGAUCUGGUCUGCCAUCUUUAUGCUGACCCCUGUGCAAUUUCGGUUAUGAAUUAUCCGACUGAUUCCAGUUCUGCUUCUGAGGAAUUGGGGAGCAAAAGCCUUGCAAAGGCGGGAAAGAGGGGGUACCAUGCUUUUAGCAACCUCUCAACUGAGCUGCUGCUUGAGAUCUUAUCAUAUGUACCCCUUGAACAGCAUCUCACUUUAAGACUCGUAUGCCACGAUCUAGCGGUACUCGCAGAUAUGUCUAUGCUCUCACGGUUUUAUUGGCGGAGUAGGUUCCUUCUCGGCCAGGAGGCUGACUUUGUUUUCCCUUGUCUUUCAGAAUCACAAGAUUGGCUCAGACUUUUCUUCGCCACAAGGACAUCUCUAAAAGCUGCCACGCUACCACUGGUCAAUCGAAAGAGAAUCCGGGAUCUACUGGAGCCCAUCGCCUCUCUUGUAGACCUAGACUACGUUUUUCGACGCGGCCCCGGCGGACUGGACUAUUGUCCAUCGACAAUGCGAGGGAACAACUUCACCUUGGUUGAUAUAGAAAGUCUCCAGGCGGGCCCGCGGCUAGCGAAGGUUGUGGGCUACUUCUCAGGUCAGCUCUCAUACAUUGAUGAAGAUUGCCCCCUGCAUGAGGGAUGUCGUGUGCUCUAUCGAAAGGCACAGCCCUUCAUGGUCCCGCAGGAAGAACAUGAAAAGCGCAUUGGUAUAUCAACUGUCAAUAUCGGCGCACGCCGGUUUAUUUCUGGUAUCAAUAUAUUGCCGUCGGACGAAGGUAACUAUGUUGGUCGAUUGAUUGGUUAUCGCAAUCCAGCUGCCGAAACGUGUAUAGACAUGCCCACAAACCUGCUUAUCAAGGCUCUUCGCGUGGCAUUUUGCUCGGAAGGCUUGGUGGGUAUCCAGUUACAAUACGAUAACUCUGCUUCAUCAUGCUGGAUUGGUGAUAGCAGCGGCCCAGGCAUUGCUCAAGGAACACUGCAGAUUCCGACAAGAGAAGAUCAGUACCACUUGCUUGCGGACAUAGACCGGUUUAAAAUUGUUUCACUUGGCCUUGCUGAAUGGAUUGACGACCAUCAAAGCUCUUUGCAUCGGACUCAUUCGGACGUAAAGGAGCCGUUCCACACGCCUUCGCAACUGUGGAUUCCCCAUGCCCCCAUGCAUGAAGGCUUGCUUGUCAGCCUCCUUCUACCGUCUGAGCCACCCCGUGCCUUUGAACCGCUGUCAAAUAUUGACUUCGGUGGCCCAGGAGGUAGAUGUCUCAUGUCGUUGAUCCGACUAGACUUUCACAUGACAUCCUACCCGCACCCUCUUAUCGGCAUUGGCUAUCACUACGCCGACGGAAAGUCGGUGUUCUUUGGUUCUACGGGUGGUUGUGCCAUUUCGAUUCCCAUCAAUGGCCCAAGUGGUGAACGUAUCAGCGGGAUAAGCAUCGUGGAAGAUAAUCGUGAUUUUUAUCAUUCUGAAGGCCUUGGUGGGCUACAGGUCUGUCUUUCUUAUUCCCACCAAUCUACAUAUGGAACCCAUUUUAUCCGAGUCGGUAUCCAAUCACAAUUCUGUGACGAACCAUCCACAAUUCCACACAUCUUAGACCGAGAAUGUCAUCUGGGAAUCCGUAAGAUUCAGGCAUCCGCUGGCAUAACGGGUUGGUCCCGCCCCCAAAAUGGCAUCUCUGGCCUGAAGCUUGAGUAUUACAACCAUCCCAGUCCAGCCAUUGUUGGACAGUGGAUGAACGGACUUGAAGAUGGGUCUGAUAUAUCACCGGACGAAGAAAUCCAAUCAGUCACCGUGUGGAUCGCUCCCUUGGGCUAUUCUUCCGAGUCUCCGGGGUUGGCAGUGGGUCAAGUCGCAGCCAUACGCUUCGAAACAACAUGUGCGCGCAGUGUGACUUUCCGUUCCCCGUACACUCAUACCUUUCCCACUGGGAUGAUACGGAAUGAAUACCAACGUUGCUUCGAUGAGGAACUAACAGCUAUCUCAUGGAUCUUCAACGAAGCUUCGGACCGCGUCCGAGCAGUAAAUUCUCCGCACAGAAGCUGGAGGCCUCGACUACUUGUCCCAGAAGUCUCUCCCCCUUUUGACCUGGUGCGGAAGCUCUACUUCGAGACGCGGAAUGACAGUACCUGCCCCGAAAGGGUAGUCACCAUCGAAGCCUACUUUCGAGGCCGCGCAAUCAUUGGACUGCUCUUCGUCUAUAAUUCAGGCGUCAUGGCAAGCACGGGCGAUUUGAACACCGACUCUUGCCAGGCCGUUCAUAUUGCACGGGAUGAUAUUAUAGUCGGCAUGUCAGCUACAGUCGCAGGAUCUGAGCUGGUUGAAAUUGACUUCGAGGUCGAGCACAACGCAUCGCCCAAAUGCCAGAGGCUUAGUCUCGCCUUAGAAUCGCCGUACACCCCGGAAACGGCUAUGGAUUAUGGCUGGCGAGAUGUAUGGUGUAAGGAUAAAGCAGCUGUGGAGUGCACUACCCGGCAGGGCGGGAGCGACAAGGUGUAUGCGGCCCCGAGCAACUCGAGACUUAUGGGUAUCUACAUUGGGUGCCAAAGAUUCAGCAGCGUGGGAGCAAUAUACGAGCCCGAUAUUUCUCAUUGA